UGAAUUAACAAAAUAAUUGUAAAUUUAUAGUUUAGGAUAAACAUUAGAAAAUGACUGAAUCGUUGCAUAAAAUAUUUUCUAGAAUGAAUCUUUUUGUAUUUUUUAAAAAUAUUAUAUUCCCACAAAGUUUAUAUACUAUAAUAGACUUUUUUAUAUUUAUUAGGAUCGAUUUUUCAUAAGAAAAAUUGCCUUUAAUUCGGCUGUUGUUGCUGUAAGUCUUACAAUGCGUUUGCCCAUGAACCUUUUUCCACUAAAAUAACAACACACUUAACAGGAAAUAAUUGGCAUUAUAGGAUCAGUUUACAAAUUAACAAAUAAUACGAGAAAUUAUAUUUUACAGGAGAUUAUUUCUGUGUAUAUAAGUGUUUUUGUUUCCAUUGUCGUAUUCUUCGUAAGCAAUGACAUGUAACACGUAAUAGAAGUUAAUUAAUAUACCAAGGACACAAUAGGUACUUUCUGAAAACAAAGUAGAAUUGUAUUGACGCACUAAGAAUAUUAAUAAGCUUAUAUAAUACACUGACAAUAUAAUAAAUGCACUUAAAAAUAUAAUAAAAACGAGUUUAAUUGAUUCUUUAAUUAAUGAUAUAUUUAUACUAGAGUUGUAAUAUUGCAUACUAUAGUCAGCGCAGUGAAAAUUUCAAAAUCGAGUAAAGAUGGACCGCGUAAAAAGAGGGAUAGAUGUAUACUGUACUCGUUACAAUGAACUGGUUGCUCAUUCAGCCUUCAUUGUAAUUAAGGCUGAGUGAACCCCAGAGCACCAAUUAACAUUUUGUUGCUUACUCUAGGGAAUUGAAUCCCGGUUGUGUAGAUUAGAAGUCAGUGUGUCAGUCAGUACUUCAAUAUACACUCGUAAGAAGGCUUAUGUACACAAAAGAAGCCUUAGAUCUAUAGCCUGUUAAUGGGCUCUGUGGGUACUUUGACUGUUUGUGAAACAAAUCUUAAUUCUUAUUGUUGUCCAUAUUGAUUCAUUCAACAGAAUAUUUGAUAGAUUCUCGAAAGAAAGAUGUCCAUAUCGAAAUUUUACGAAUUUCGUGAAGUUUUUUUAACAGGAGUAACGGGAUCUUUAGGAAAGGUGCUUUUAGAGAAAUUGUUAAGGUCCUGCAAUACUAAAAAGAUUUACGUUUUAAUCAGAUGCAAGAAAGGAAUGCAAGCGGAAGAAAGGAAGACGGAACUGCUUCGUUCUAAAAUUUUCGAAAAUGUUUUACUGAAAAAUCCGGAGAUUUGCAAUAAAGUAGAAUGCAUCGAAGGUAACCUCACUCAAGACAAUUUCGGGAUUUCCUCUUCGAAUAUGAAUUUGAUAACAAAAAAUGUUUCGAUGGUGUUUCACUUGGCUGCUUCAGUUAAAUUCACUGAACCUUUUCGAAAUGCAUUUGUUAAUAAUGUGGAAGCGACGAAAAAUGUGGCCGAAGUUUGUCGUCGUAUGAACAAUUUGUUGGCAUUCUUAUACGCAUCUACAGCUUAUUCUUGUUGCAAUAGAGAAGAAGUGGAUGAAAAAAUCUAUACAAUGUCCAGAAGUUAUGAAGAAUUUAAAAAAAUCGCAAAUCUUAAAAAGAAUGACUCAUUAGAGAUAAGAGACGAAAAUAUUCUUGAAGGUCGACCCAAUACCUAUACUUUAACAAAGGCCAUAACAGAAAAUUAUUUAAAUGACUUCUGUAGAGAUUUGCCUAUAGUAAUUGUAAGACCUUCUAUCGUAGGUUGCACUUGGAAAGAACCUUUUUAUGGAUGGAAUGAAAACAAUAGUGCUGUGGAUUAUAUAACUGCAAAUGGAUUGAAAGGAAUACUUAGAAGCAUGUUGAGUGACGAAGAUAAAAUUUGUGAUAUAAUUCCUUCAGACACAGUGGUUAGUUUAUUAUUAUCUGCGGCUUGGAAAAAGGCAAUUACUCCUCACCGAAGACAAGAUGAAAUCCCAGUUUACAAUUGUACUUCUGGAUCCAUAAAUCCUCUGACAAUUCGCAAGUUUCUCCAAUGUUCAUACCUACAGUUUUGGAAAUGUCCUUCGGAAAACACAUUUUUAUAUCCAAUAAAAAUACCCAAGAAGUAUUAUUAUUGGAAUUGUAUACACAAUGUAAUGAAACACCAGUUUCCUGCACUGUUAACCGAUAUAUUUCAAGUUGCUAUUGGCAAGAAACCAAAGAUGAUGAAAGUUUACAACAAUGUUCACAAGACAAUGAGCACGUUAGAAUAUUUUUGUAUGAGAGAUUGGAAGUUUCGUUCCAGAAAUGUGGAGGAAUUGCUGGAAACGAUGUCGAAGAAAGAUAAACAGAAUUUCGAUUUUGAUAUCUCGAAACUCAAUUGGGACCACUACAUGGAAGAUUACGUUCUAGGUAUCAGGAGAUUUGUUUUGAAGGAAGAUGAUUCGACAAUCCCUCGAAGCAGAAAAAACUUAUUAAUGAAAUAUUAUUGCAUUUUACUUGCAAAAACUGUAUUGUUUUCUGGAUUCCUUUACAGCCUUACCUUUAUAUAAUUUUCCAAUGAAGGAUUUAAGAUUAGUGUUUCUGAGAUCCUUACAUUAAUUCUGUAUUAUAUACAUUAAUUGUAUUACUUAUUAAUUUUCCACAAUAUAAUCCAUACAAAAUACUAGGAAAAUAUAGUUAUCGAUGUCCAACAAUUCUAAAAUUUUAUUAAUUAUUAAAACGAUUAAAUCUUGGAAAGUCUUAAUAUUGUUUAUACGAGAAAUGAAGAGACUACUGUAAUUGUUUCUUGUGUAGCUAAUGAAAACAGAUUAAACUAUGGAACACAGUGUGAUCAUAAAGUCUCUUCGCAGUGAUCAUAAAGUCUCUUCGCAGUGAUCAUACCCGUUUACAUCUCUAGGGCCUAUCUCUUGUAUGCCAAGCUGGUACCCGUAUUGUCAGCAAUUUCUUUGUAUAAGAUAUGUAAAUACUGGUCAUACUCUAUCACCGUGCGUCUGGAGUUAGAGUUGCAUGUUUGACCUCUGUUUUGCUUUUUUUUUCUUGUAUUUUACAUUAAAAAUAAUUUUAUAAUAAAAGUUUACAAGAUUUAAUAUUCUAUUGAUAAAUAAAUUAAUUAAACGACUAUUUAAUUUAACUAGCCAACAAUUU